UCCGCGCGGGGCCGGGCGGGGCCGCCCCGGGCGGGCCGUCCCGCUGGCGGCGGACGCGAUGGCGCGGAUCACGCUGGAGGACCUGGAGCGGCUGGGCGAGGAGCCCGCGGCCGCCGGCGGCGACGGCAGCGACAGCGGGGACGACCAGGAGGGGGAGGCGCGGCUGUUCGCCCACUGGGAGGCCGUGGCCAGCACGCACCGAGUGAGCUUGCCGCCAGACAUGGCAGGCCCGAUCGCCCAGAUGGCCCGGCACAGGCAGGCUCGCGAGCCCGUGCCAUACGUGUCCCUGUCGCAGCACGGGAAGUGCGAGGACACAGCCUACGAGGAGCGGCAGUACCCGGCCGGGAAGUGGGCCUGUGUCACCAGGGGUGAGCCCACCUACGAGCAGAGCAUCUCCCUGAGCUUCAUGAAGCUCAUGCGCUACAUCUGCAAGGAGAACUCUGCAGGUUGCCAUCUGGGCAUGACAGUGCCGGUGCUCAACGAAAUCCACCUGACCAAGGAGGGCACCGAGCUGGAGCGUGAGGUCCUGACUGCCUAUUACCUCCCAGGAGAGUUCCAGCAGAACCCCCCUGUUCCCAUGGACCCCGAGAUCCACAUCACCGAGAGGCCGCCGCUCCGGGUUAUAACCAGGGUGUUCUAUGGGAUGACCACUGCGGAGACAAUCCUGCGGGAGAUCAGUCUCCUGUGGGAGCUCUUGGGCCCCACGGACACGGUGCUGCGGGAAGCCUACGUGGUGGCUGCCUACGAGAACCCCAGCGUCCCUCGGCGCCGCAACGAGAUCUGGUUCAUCCGGCGGGCCCAGUGAGCCCCUCGCCAGCGGGGACCCCGAGGGGAUGGAGCACGUCCAGCCCGCUGCUCACACACACAGGGAGACACCAGGAGACCGUGGGUGCGCUCCCAGCCUGCCCCACAAGGGUCCUGCCAGGGGAGAUCCUGCCUGGUGUGCACUGCGCCUGCCCCACAGCUGGGGCUGCAGCUGGCACUGGGGACAACCUCUGGAUGGGAGGCACACGGGGUGGGCUUGUGCCGUGUGCUGGCCUGGCCUUGCAGAGCUGUGCCAGGGGGGCCAGUGGGUCUAGUGGGGAACAGCGUCACAAGGUGGUGGUGUCCAAAAGGCAAAUGACUGUACAAGAUGGGCUCAGUGUGGCCUCUGGCCUGCUCCCCGUGAGAAUGGCUGCCUGUCCUGAACAGAGCCACUGAAACGCUGCUACAGACACAGUCGGGUUCAAAGGGGAAAAGGGCUUGAGUUCAGGUGUGAAUCCUGAAUGUUUCCUGCUGGGCUGGUUCUCUGUGGACUGUUGGGUGCCUCCCUGGCUGUCACUCACCAUUCCCCAGCCAGGACUAGGGCGCUGGCAGCCUUUGUCCGGCUGUUGUGGGUGCUGUUUUGCAGACCUGCUGUGAGCUGAGGGGCAGGUCCCCCCUCAGAGCAGCACUGCUGUGUUUUGUGUUGUGCAUUGAUCAAUGAGUUUCACAUCCAUGAAUGCCGUCGUGCUUUUCUGGGGGAAGCUGGCAGUGCCAACAGUAAAUAAACCCAGCGCAAACCACUGCA